CUAGUAGAAUCAUCAGAUUCCUUGUCUCAGGUGUGUGAUCUGAACCCAUCUAGUUCCAGCUGGAUUUUGUGUAUAUUCGAUUUUUUCAGCAGAGCUUCUUGUGUGUUUUGAUGCAAAUAUUAUGUAUGAAAUUUCUAGCAAAUAGCUGGUCUUUUAAUAGGUGAACAAAUUCUGUGAUGACUCCACAAUGAAAGUAUAAUUUGGUAAUGACAUAUUGUUACGUGUAUUGUUAUCACUUGCAGAUAUAGACAAUAGAAGUUGAUAAAUAAGAAAAAUAAAUUAUGCCAGCCAGAAAUUUCAUUUAUGUUGUGGAUAGAUGCAAUAGUUUCCUGCUACCAGGAUCCUCGAAACUGAAAUGUCUUCCAUUUUAUGUAAGUGACAAGCAAGUAGGAAUAAUACGACCAAAUGUACUUCCCCAUCUAGAGAAAUACACUGAUGUGUUUAUUUCAUCACCUACUAUGCUGAAAUUGUCUGAUGACCUGAAAACUUUAAAGGAAAGAAGUGAGAAAGUUCAAAAAGUUUUGACAGAUUUACGAGAACAAAAAGUACUAGUGACUCUAAAUGGAUGGAGAAAUGAAACUUUUGACAUUAGAACAUCACCUAAAGAGAAAGCUUAUAUGGAAGUUGAAAGGUCUGGAGUAUGUUUAUUUGGAGCUAUAAGUUAUGGUGUACAUAUCAAUGGUUUUAUAGAAAAAGACAAUCAGUUAAUGAUGUGGAUUGCUAGAAGAUCACCAACUAAACCUACAUACCCUAAUAAGUUAGAUAAUAUGUGUGCAGGUGGGCUGGCCUCAGGAUUAAAAGUAAGACACUGUGCUAUUAAAGAAUGUGAAGAGGAAGCAUCAAUACCUAAAGAUCUAACAGACAAACUAAUAGGAGUAGGAUGUGUUAGCUAUAUAUUAGAAGAUAAACGAGGCAUUUUUCCUGCAUGUGAAUAUUUAUUUGACCUAAAGUUACCAGCUGAUUACCAACCUGUGAAUGCUGAUGGUGAAGUUGGAGCUUUUGAACUGAUGACUAUGGAACAGGUUAUGGAUGCCAUAGUAUCAGAUGACUUUAAACCUAAUUCUGCUCUGAUUGUAUUGGACUUCCUUGUUAGACAUGGAUUUAUUACACCUGAAAAUGAGAGGAAUUAUGCAUACUUAGUAGAAAUGAUGCACAUACCAUUACAGAGUUACUUUGCUAAUACAACUUACAUGUUGAGUCGAUAGCGUUAACAGUUCUAUAGGAAACAUUAAUGAUGGAUCAAAUGAAGAAACCAAUUUAUAGUGUGUGGGAUAAAAGUAAAAUCAGCAGAUCAAGAUUUUCCUCCUUUUGCACAUUUUUAUAUUUGAAUUGACAUAUUGUAUUUGUUUUAUUAUGGAAUAUAAUUGAAAUCUUUCUUUAUGUACGGUGUUUGCUAUUCUGUUUAUAGUGUUUUAACUAUGAAAAUCAAUGAUAAUGCACAGAGAAUGACAGAAUUCUAAUAUAUAAGUUUUUGUUGAUGUUAUAUAAACAAACCUACACUCUAAAAUAACAAUUAUAUUUUUGACACCUGUACGCAACUCAUUUCACCUUUUCUUGUAUAUUUCAUACUUUCAUUCCAUUAGAAUACAUUUUUUAGUUGAUUUGAAGAUUUGUUUUAAAAAUAUUCUUCAAAUGAUUUAUCUAUUAGAGUGGGGUGCUCAUUUUCGCCGGGGACACAAUUUCGCCGUUUGAGGAUUUUGAGGUGUAAAAACUUCAAAGGAUGGCUGAAAUGGAAGAAAUGUACCGGUAAUUUAUAUUUUUAUAACAAAUAUGAUAUUUUUUUAAACCUAGAUAAAAUUGCGGCUCCUACCGAAAAUGACAGAAAAACGGACAAUGAUUUUCUGACAAUUUCCUGAAUAAAAAACGCGAUUUCAAAGAAGUAUUUCUAAGUAAAUAUUUGACUGAAUGCCCUAAUUUUGAAUUCUUUACACCUUUGAAAUGUCUGCUAUUCAUCUAUAAUGCAAUUGAUUUGAUAAAAUUGUUAAAAGCUGCGGUUAUUUGGUUUUAAAUAGAUGUGUAAAAACGGCGAAUAUGUGUCCCCCGUUGACAAAACAUUCGGAAAUUUCAUACACCCUUUAAUCUAACUUUUCAGAUGAUUUUUUUCAAACAAACCCGUUUUCAAGUUUAAGAAUAUUUUGCAUUUGAAGUUAUCUUCAUAUAGAAAUAUCAGUUUACUUCAAAAACUUUUAGACCUGUCCAUAAACUGUAGAAAACAUGGAAAGAUGUGGCGAAAAUGAGCACCCCACUCUAGGCUUUAAUGAAUAUUGUCCAUUAUAAUUCCAUGCAGUUCAAUCACUCUAAAUGAAAGACAGGUGGAUGGGACCAGAAAAAAUAUUUUGUAGUGAUUUGCCAUUUGCUUAAUAGAUCUAGAUCAAGUAUGUACUGGCUUUAUUAGAGUCUAAAUCCUUAUAAUGCCCUAUGGUAAUUUUGAUAUAGAAGGCAUUAAAUUGUCAGUAUUUUACACUUCCCUAACUUCAUGACAAAUUCAAUGCCAACCAAUGUUAAAAUGAGUCCAAUUAUGAAAAUACACAUCAAACCAUUCCUUCCACAUUUGCAGUUUCUUUGAAACAAAAAAUGGUAGGGAGUAUUGAGGGCUGUCAUACUGUGUGAUAGGUAUAUCUGUAACCAAAGUGACAAUUAUUGUCCUGAGAUUUUAAAUUAAAAAAGUCAUAUUUGUUGAACUCUUGAACAGCAGUUUUCAAAUGGAAUUUAGACACUUUAACAUUCCAUAAAUGUUUCCUGAUUACAUAUGCAAUUAACUUUAUUCAUUUUUCUAAUAUAAAAUUAUUUGUUUUUCGUUUCCUGGUCUGUUUUGGUAUAAUCAAGAUAUAUAUGAGUUCCAUAACAAUUGGUCUCAGUCUUUAGGAUGGGAGGCUACCAGGUCCUAAUAUUAAAUUUUUUUUCAGUUGUUUCAAUUCCCCAAGGCUAUCAUAAAAUACCCUGUUGUUAAAAGAUAUUCUAACCAUAAUUGUGACAGUUUAUUGGACUUUUUUGAAUGUACGAAUUGCUUGAUUGAUGGAAUAAAUGCUGCUGUAUGUCGUUCAGUGCAAUGUGAUGAUAGCUGCUUAUCCAAAACUUUUCAUAUUUUGAUAUGUUAUGUAUAAUUACAAAACUGAGGUCAUGUUUUGUUUGAAGGAUUUUCACUUGUUCUGUUCAUGAGUUAUUGAUCUUGAUUGCUUUAAUUAUGACACAAAAAGGGAUAAGGAAAACCUAAUUUGUAGUCAUUUUGAUAGCCUUUUGUUAUAUUCUGAUAUCCUUGAUAUUGUUGAAAAUAUUCUCAGUCAUAAAACAAUAGAGUUGGUUCAAAAUGGUUAAAUACUCAGAAAAUUAUUUGAUAAAUGAUAAGAAUCAUUUAAAUGAUAAUUGUAACCAUUUAUUUUAGUAGUAUUCAGGAGAUAACUGUAUUGUAUUUUAAGCUCUAACGGCAUCAAUUGGAGAUUACAGGUAUUUGCAGCCAUCAAAUCCCCAAUUGAUGCUUUAGGAGCUUAAAAUGCAACAUUGUUAUCUCCAUUCUAAUGAAACUGACAGAAAACCAAGUUAAAUCAUGUAUUUAAAAUCUGGUAUAUGCCGUCUGUGCUUGCACAUACUUCCAAGAGCAUCAAUUGUCAAUUGACGCCAUGUAGAUAAGUGACGUUAUCCAAUCAAAAUGAACAUUACAAACCGUGUUUCAUUUGAAUCUGUGUUUUAUGUAGUUGUUUGAUGGCGUUUGAAAACUAAUUUUGUAUGUAUUUUAGUUAACUGAUAUGUUCAAUAAAUCCCUGUAAGAGAA